UCCCGUCUCCGCCUGGGCCCGAGGAACGCCCCUCAGGAGCCUCCCGCCUCCGCCGUCGGCCGCUGCGCGCAUGCGCGGCUCCGCAGCCAGCAGCCGUGCGCCAUGGCGGGCGCGCUGGGCGGGAUGUUCGCCAACCAACCGCCGGGACCCCCGCCGCCCGGACCUCCCGGCGGGCCCGGGCCGGCCGGCCUCAUCCCGCCUCCGACGGGGCCCCGCAAUCCCAACAACACGCUGGUGGACGAGCUGGAAGCGUCCUUCGAGGCCUGCUUCGCCUCGCUGGUCAGCCAGGACUACGUGAACGGCACCGACCAGGAGGAGAUCCGCACCGGUGUCGAUCAGUGCAUCCAGAAAUUUCUGGAUGUCGCAAGGCAAACUGAAUGCUUUUUUCUACAAAAAAGACUGCAGCUGUCCGUCCAGAAACCAGAACAAGUAAUUAAAGAGGAUGUUUCAGAGUUAAGAAAUGAAUUACAAAGAAAAGAAGCAUUAAUUCAGAAGCAUUUGAGUAAACUGCGACACUGGCAACAAGUCCUGGAGGACAUCAGUGUACAGCACAAAAAACCUGCAGAAAUGCCCCAAGGUCCCUUAGCGUACCUGGAACAGGCAUCUGCUAAUAUUCCUGCUCCAAUGAAGCAAACAUGAAAACCUGAUAGUCUUUUUACUUCAUCUGCUUUUUGUAUAAUGUAAUUUGUACUACAAAUAUUAACAGUUAAGAUGGAAUUAAGUUAAAUAAAUACUCUUUUUUGGAGAAAAAAGCACUUGGGUUUUAUAUUUAGGUUGAAAGUAUACAGAGUUCCUGUUCAGAAUGCUUUCUGGUAGAAGUGUACUUUCCACAAUACAUCCUGUUCCUUCUGGAAAGGAUGGUCCUAGCUUUUCCCUGAUUGUAUCUUGCUAGUAUGAUGCAAAUACACACAAAGGUUCUUGUUAGGAUGGAUGGAUGUCUCUCUGCAAGUGCUUAAUUUCUUCAUGUAGCUGAGGAGUAAGAUGGGAUUCAAAUCCUUCAGCAGUUGCAGAUGAGCUAUCCAGUCUAUAACACUAGACUGCUAGUUGGACAAUUCCCUCCCCCUGUGUUUGUUGAGGAAUUACCUGAAUGUUAUUUUAUUUGCAGGUGCCUUUUUUGUGAAUAGCACCAUUCCUUCCCAGCAAUAAGGUGGUUAGUGUGGCUUGAUAAAUUCAGUCAUUUUGGUGGGUGUCAGAACAAUAUGGGGACAAUGUAUGCAGUUCCCAUAAAUCUGGAAGUCUGUGCCUCAGUCUGACUCACACUUCAGCAUGACAGCACUAUUUUGCAAGCCAUGAAAGUUGGUCACUUACAAGCGAGUUUUAAUGUUCGUACUUACAUACUAUCCUGAUUCAUCAGGCUGACUGUUACACGUGUUGAAGUGCACCAGGAACAUUACAUGACAAUACUACACCAAACAAUUCAUUAAGCUAAGCAGAAAAUAUUUCUAAAACAGCUUGCUUACUAUUCUUAGAUGUGUAUCACAUGCUGCUCAGCAUAAAACAGCUUUAACAAGAAACCAAUUUAAAACAAAAUUACAUUACUAUGCAGAAAAACAGCUGAUGAAGCAAGCAUAUAAACCUAGAGAAAUCACUUAUAAAUAAUAUCUUCAUCUGGAGUCUGUAGCAGGACAUUAGAGGACAAAAUGAAUAUUUAAUGUAAUUGUGGAAUGGUACAUUCUCUUGAGUAAAAAGUCAUUUUACAUAGCAGUAUUAAGAAUUUUGCUUUUUCUUCAUUUUUUACAGAGAUUAUUAAAAAAAUGCAUUUUGCUGAAAUCUGUGCCUGUAAUUCCAUUAUAAUCAGAUGUAAGAGAGUGCUGUUGUUACUAACAAUAUCCUUGGAAAUUAUUUCAAUACUUUUCGUUGCAAAACUUAUUAGAUUAACAUUCCCUAAGAGAAAAUAAACAGCUCUUCUAGUAAA